UAUAUCUAUCUAUCUAUAUAUAUAUAAGGUGCCAUAAAGUGACCUGAUACACAACUCUUUCUGUCUGACGCUCACAGCGAUGAGGAGUAAUAAUGCUUUGUCCUUUAUCCUGCUCCUAACUUUCGGCGUAGGAGUCAGAAGUAAUGACAGCAGUGCGGUUCGUUUGACCCGCUCUAACUGUGGUGAAGAUGCGCUCUUGAAGUGCUCGGCUACAUCCAAGCCUGGGGUCCAGUACCGGCUAGUCAUAUGGUACAAGGUUAAUUACACUCCCUCUCGCAAGUUAACUGGUCUGGUGAUGAAGAAUCUCACACAUCAUAACAGCAAUCUUAAAAGGUAUGAAGGUGUGGAGCGGGACUUGCAGCUGUUAGAAGAUUCACAGAGCCUCGUUUUGCCUAAUGUGACACUGCAAGAUGCUGGUACAUACCUCUGCAUGUUGUUUGCUCCUGUUGGUCAUCAGAUUGAGGAGGGGCAGAUUCAGCUAACAGUCUAUGAUGCCAGUAUGGAUAAUGGAACAUCAAAGGAACAGGAUACAUUGUAUCUAAUACUGGCCAUCGUUUUACUUAUGGUGGCAUUGGUUAUGCUGUAUAUAAGCUAUACAUGUCUAAAGGAUACACAAUUAAGCAACAAAAACAAGGUCUCGAAAGAAACAUCAAAGAAAAUUCAUCAAAUCAAGGACACUAUCAUUAAACUGGACUCAAAAGGAAUUGUAUGCACACUUGUGCCUCAGAUAGAAUACGUGUGACCCUGCAGUCAUUGUGUUCUGUCCCUAAACUAAGGAACACAUGGGAUGAAGAAAAAGAAAUGAAUGAAUGAAUAACAAAAGGUGCUAUGUGAACGUUAUCUGAGCGGAUAUUGUUCACAACUGGAACCGGAAUAGGGCAGACGUUUCCUAUUCAAAGUGGUGUUCCCCCCUUCAGAGUGGUGCUCUCUCUAGUGGUGAUAGAGGAAGGAGGCCGAGUAACAAGCGGGUGCAGCAGGUUAGGAAGAAGCAAUGUAGGAGGUGGAAAAGGCAGAUGUCCGGCUGUAUUGAACCAGCACUGAUGUUUAUUAUUAUUAUUUGUAUUGAACCAGCACUGAUUUUUUUCAUUAUUAUUUGUCAUUUCAAGCUAAUAUAUUAAUUUAUAUUUUGUUAUGGAUUUAAAAAGCAGUUACAUUUUGAAUUUAAAAUAUUUAAAUUUAGUAGCAACUGUGCUGGGAUGCUUAGAAGAGAGGAAGUGAGCAAUUAGUCAACUGCAUAAUUAGUUUAAUUAGUUAAGUAAGCAGUUAGUUACUCUUUGACUCUGUGCAUUCACUACAACUACUGUUAUUAGUUAAUGUUUUUUCUGUGUGUAAAGAACCCAAAUAUGCUAUGUGGUUAGAAUCAACCUGUUACUGAAAAAGCAAUGUUUAAACGUUGUAUUUCUGUUCCUGAAUAUAUGUUCUCAUUUUCUUAUUUAGAAAUCCUGCCAAGUUAUUUUAACACCUUUUGGCCUACCUAUUUAAGGUAGAGUUUUUGUUUUGUUUUUUUUGCACUAAUUUCUACAGAAGUUGAUGAUGAUGAUGAUAAUGAUGAUGGGAGGAUGACAGUUGGAUGUAUAAAAAUACUACUACUAAUGAUAAUAAUAUUAACAAAUUAUUAUUAUUCUUACUAUGGUGAUGUGUUGUUUUAGUUAGUCUUUCGGCUUCUCCCAUCAAGGGGUCGCCAAAGUGGACCAUCUCUUCUGCACACAACUUGGCACAUGUUUUACACCGGAUGUUAUUACUGACUCCCCUCCUAUUUUAACCGGGAUUGCGAUCGAUACUGCAUCCAGUUAUGAUUGUAAUGUGUGGCGGCCUAAAAUAAAAAAAACCUUGCAGUGCAUGCCUAAUUUUUCUGGUAAAAAUGCAAAUAAAUAAAUAAAU